AAAAGAAAUAGAAAAGAAAAGAAAACGAAAUAAAUAGAAGAUAUUUACAGAAAUUAAGCAGUAUUUAAUCAUGAGUCUCCAGUGGUCUUUAAUCGCUGGGUUUCUGUACGCCGAAGUCAUAAUAGUUUUACUAUUGGUGUUACCAAUAAUUUCGCCUACAAGAUGGCAAAAGAUAUUUAAAUCGCAGUUUUUAAAAAGUAUAAGCGAUAAAGCAUCGACUUAUUUCUUAAUUUUGUUUGCAAUAUUAGUUGUGAUUUUAUUGGAUGCUAUUAAAGAAAUGCGAAAGUAUUAUACAGUUGUAGCCGUAGAGAGAGAUCAUCAUCACGUUGACGCCGGAUUGCAAGGUAGUGUGAAACUAUUCAGGGCACAACGUAACUUUCAUAUAUCUGGUUUCUCAUUGUUCUUAAGUCUUGUUAUACGUCGUCUUGUGAUUUUAAUCUCUAAUCAAGCGGCUCUACUGGCACGAAGUGAAGCAGUUACGCGUCAAGCUGAAUCGGCAACUACAACAGCGAAACAUUUGUUGUUACAACAAAAAAUUAGCGGAGAGACUGUUCAGAAUGACUCGAACGAAGCUCAUGAUAAAGUAACAUUAGAAUGGAAAGUUCAAAUUAACGAAUUAAAAAUAAAAAAUAAAGAAUUGGAAAAUCAACUUGCGAGAGAAAAGAAAGAUAAAGAAGCUAUAAAGUCGCAAGCAGAAUCCCUUGCCAAGGAAUAUGAUCGGUUAAACGACGAAUACAGCAAAUGCGUUCAAUCAACUAACGAUAAAAAAAGUGAUUAAAUUCCUUUUAUUUCCUUCUUAUACUUUGUUCUUCUAUAUGAAAAUUGCUUUCGACUGAUAUCUCAUAUUAUAGAGUUCUGUCGCCCUGUAUUUAUGUACUGUAUAGAUAAUAAGACAAAUAAGAAUAAAUUAUUUAAUAUAUAA